AAGAAGAAGAAGAAGAAGAAGAAGAAGAAGAAGAAGAAGAAGAAGAAGAAGAAGAAGAAGAAGAAGAAGAAGAAGAAGAAGAAGAAGAAGAAGAAGAAGAAGAAGAAGAAGAAGAAGAAGAAGAAGAAGAAGGAAGAAGAAGAAGAAGAAGAAGAAGAAGAAGAAGAAGAAGAAGAAGAAGAAGAAAAGAAGAAGAAGAAGAAGAAGAAGAAGAAGAAGAAGAAGAAGAAGAAGAAGAAGAAGAAGAAGAAGAAGAAGAAGAAGAAGAAGAAGAAGAAGAAGAAGAAGAAGAAGAAGAAGAAGAAGAAGAAGAAGAAGAAGAAGAAGAAGAAGAAGAAGAAGAAGAAGAAGAAGAAGAAGAAGAAGAAGAAGAAGAAGAAGAAGAAGAAGAAGAAGAAGAAGAAGAAGAAGAAGAAGAAGAAGAAGAAGAAGAAAGAAGAAGAAGAAGAAGAAGAAGAAGAAGAAGAAGAAGAAGAAGAAGAAGAAGAAGAAGAAGAAGAAGAAGAAGAAGAAGAAGAAGAAGAAGAAGAAGAAGAAGAAGAAGAAGAAGAAGAAGAAGAAGAAGAAGAAGAAGAAGAAGAAGAAGAAGAAGAAGAAGAAGAAGAAGAAGAAGAAGAAGAAGAAGAAGAAGAAGAAGAAGAAGAAGAAGAAGAAGAAGAAGAAGAAGAAGAAGAAGAAGAAGAAGAAGAAGAAGAAGAAGAAGAAGAAGAAGAAGAAGAAGAAGAAGAAGAAGAAGAAGAAGAAGAAGAAGAAGAAGAAGAAGAAGAAGAAGAAGAAGAAGAAGAAGAAGAAGAAGAAGAAGAAGAAGAAGAAGAAGAAGAAGAAGAAGAAGAAGAAGAAGAAGAAGAAGAAGAAGAAGAAGAAGAAGAAGAAGAAGAAGAAGAAGAAGAAGAAGAAGAAGAAGAAGAAGAAGAAGAAGAAGAAGAAGAAGAAGAAGAAGAAGAAGAAGAAGAAGAAGAAGAAGAAGAAGAAGAAGAAGAAGAAGAAGAAGAAGAAGAAGAAGAAGAAGAAGAAGAAGAAGAAGAAGAAGAAGAAGAAGAAGAAGAAGAA